AUGGAAGGAGUGUUCCAGGUAAAUGCCCUCCGAUGUCUUGAAUGCUUCCCUGCUCUUUUAGAUCAUUUUGUGGCGAAAAUGACGGCUAAGGUACAGGUCGAGUCUACCAUCUCAUUUGGCAACAGCGUUCCCCUGUCCAUCGAUAUUCAGAUUAACUCUCGUUCAUUCAUUGUCACCCGCCAGAUAUUGCACGAGAUGAAACCUUCCGGAGAUAUAACACGGGGCAGUCUCCAUCUUGCAGGCCUUCAUCGCCCGAAUUUCAUCUCUUGGGGCAUCUCUCCUUCAACUUGUCCCUCGGAGGGUGGAAACGAACGCCCCAAGACUAAACUUGAGAAAAGCCACCGGACCAUCCUAAAUUUACGAGCGAAUCUUCCCUCGAAUUGGGGCAUCUCUGCCACCUUCACUUGCUGCGAGGAAAAGGAAGGAUACGUGAUGGAGGAUUACAGAUUGGAUCAACUCUCGUGAUGAGCCUUGGAUCUACCAUCCCUUACUCCUCCCAAAUGUACCCCUUGGAUGUAUUUUUUUUUUUCCACAUUCGCGAGGAGAGUAGAUAUAUAAUAUGCCUGUUGAAGGGUAUGUGGGUCCUGCAUGUUUGACUCUGUCAUCGCUCUUCAUAGGACGCAGCGUAAAUCGUAAGGGUGGAAUGCGAUAAGAGGGACUAUUUGGUUCAUGACGGGUGUUCACGAUUUUGGUUUAGUCAGUAUUAUCCUCAUGGCGGAUAAGGUUGUGUUUAGACACCUGUGGGGCUUAGAAGCAACAGAGAACCUAUUGACAAGUGCGAGAGAACGAUUUUUGCUUUUUGUGUCUUGAAUAAUAAGGAAUAUUUUGGUCCUGCGCGCAAGGGAAAAUAAAGUCGAACUUUUCGAUGUAGUACAGAACUGACCAAGAAUGUCGCUUUUCGACAUUUUAGGCUUUUCUUUUUGGAACUUUUCGGCGCUUGAUAAGGUUAGAGAUUCGGGCAUUGGCUCGUUUCGUCAUGGAGUCUAAUGGUCUUUCCACAUGGAGUCUUUGCCCAAUUUGAGCUGGGAAAAUUGUUCAGUAUAACCAUGGUACUAUUAAAAAACCAGAUUACAGUAACGGUGUUCAUCUUCUGUAAUGUUGAGGGGAGGGGCAGACCCUGAGUACAUUCAGCUGACCAAUGGCUCAUAAGCAACAUUUCCGUCUAAUUACAUUUUGCCAGACGAUCCUCAAUUCUGCGUGUACCCUGCGCUCGUUCGAUUUUUGAGACUUUCAUAGCCACG